UUUCCAGGAAGCGAAAAACGAAACAGAACGAAAGGAAAACAACUUGGACACUUGGUUGAACUUGGAUCUAGAUCUAGGUCUAGAUAAUAAAAUAAAUAAAUCUAGAUUUAGAUUUUAGAUCUACUAUCUAGCCUAGUCUAGAAGGCUAAGAUUUAUCAUAGUCUACUAUUCAUAAAAAUGUCAAUGGACGCUAAAGAAGUCAAAUCAUGUUUAAAAGGUGCAUUAGAAGCUAUACGGGAAUCAGACUUCAAGGAAGCUUUAAAGCAUUGCAAGGCAGUCUUAGCAGUUGACAAAGAAAAUUAUAAUGCCUUGGUUUUUAUGGGAAAAGCUGCAGAGGGCUUGCAGCAGCCAGACCAAGGUUUAAAAGCUUAUCGAAGAGCAGCAGAAAACCAACCUGACCAGCUGUUGGCAUGGCAAGGUUUGGCAAGUAUUGUGGAUAAAAACCCAGAGUUGAUGGCACCAGAGGAAAUUAUUACUACCUAUCAGAAACUUCUCAAUAUGAGUUCUAGUGAUGUAAAAAAACAGAUUCUCUACUGUCACAAACUUGCAGAUCUCUAUAUAAAAAUAAAUGAUACACAAAAGGCACUUCAAACCCUGGUUGAGCUUUUAGAGCUAGAAAAAGAAAGUGAAGGGCGGAUGAGUUCUUAUAAUUCUGUAAUUAACAUUCUCUCUCCAAUGGCUCCACACCUUUCCAAAGAACAUCUUGACCUGUAUGAAGAAGCUUUAACUGAAAUUCUUCAAAGCUCUGUUUCCUUAAGUCCAGUGGACCAAACUGGUUUUGUUGAGAAACUUCUUUUGUUAACAUCUCAGAUAAGUGUUUACAAGGUGCCAGCAUUAGCUGCAAGUCUAAAGGAGAAAUUUCCCCUGGCACCAGCACCAACUGAGUACAUACUUAGACAUCACCUUGACAGUAACAUUGGUAAUGGCAGCAUCUCAUCUGAAACUUGCACUACAGUUAAAGAGCUCAUGGCUGAUCUCUCCAAGUUAAAACCAGACUCAAACAUAAUUCUCAUUGCACAAGGCUUCACAGCAUUUGUUGAGAAACAGUUUGACCAAGCAUUAGCUUUACUUGAAGCUGCUUCUGUCUAUGAUGAAGUGAGUGGCCUGUACUAUUUAAGUCGGACAUAUUUGGAACUUCACAAGAAUUCUCAGUGUCUUGGGACUAGCAUCAAAGGUCUAGCAAAGCUCAACUCCAAGUGUCUGCUGUGUGCCUCUUGUGAUCAUGUGAUGAACAUGUUCAAGCUAGUCCAGGCUGAAGCGCUGAGGGAAAUUAGCACACCAGAAUCACAAGAACAAGCUCUUACACUGCUGGAAGAGCUUUCAGAAAAAAUACCCCUUGAAUCAUUCCUCAUCAAAGCCUACAUAUACCUUGAUCAAGGAGAACUUGCUGAAGCAGAGAUUUGUGUGAGAUACCUUCCACAAGAGCCAGUUUCAGUUCAAACACUGAAUGCCAUGAUUUUGAUGCAUAAAAAAGAUUAUGUUUCCGCUUUGAAAAUACUAGAAAGUAUUGUUAACAAUGAUCCAACAGACUUUAGGGCAACAUUAAAACUUGGACAACUUUUUUGGGAAAUGCGUCUAAGAACAGAUAUUGACAAUGUGAAGCAAAAAUGUUUUGCUUAUCUUUUAAAGGCUGCUAAACUGGAUCCCAACUACUACGAAAGUUUUUUAUACUUAGGAUUCUACUAUAAAGAAAACCAGGAUGAUGUUAAAGCAAGAAAGUGUUUCCAAAAAGCUUAUGAUCUUAACCACAACUCAGAGUUAGCGGCUUGUGCUCUUGUUGACAGCCUGGUUCAAGCUGGGGAUGAUGCCCAGAGCUUAAAAAUUCUGGAGACAACUACAUCACAGGCAGCAGCUGGGUGUGCAAAAUGGGCUUGGCUGCGCUUGGGGUUGUAUCAAAUAAAACAUGAAAAUCCAAGCAAGGCUAUAAUGUCUCUCCAGUCAGCACUUAGGGCAGAUCCAAAUGAUAACCAUGUGUGGGAGUGCUUAGCUGAGGCUUAUUUACAGCGGGGGAGUCUGACUGCUGCUCUUAAAGCUUUUGCUAAAUCUUCUGAGCUGGAUACAAACUCAUUGUAUAGUCUGUACAAAAUUGCUAACAUUAAACAUCUCCUGGGAUCUCUGUCUGAAGCUGUUGAGGAAUAUAAAGAGAUCUUGAAAAAAUCCCCUAAUUAUAUUCCUGUAUUAAAAGGAGUAGCUGAAAGUUUAAUCCAUCUGGGUAAAAAAAACCUGGACAGCUGCUUAGAUGGACUUGCCCAGGAUCAUUUUGAGGAGGCCAUUCUGUAUUUGACAAAAGCUGCUGGUCAAAGACCAGACAUGUCUUGUCUGUGGAAGUUGUUGGGAGAUGCUUGUACACAAGUUGUUUCACUAGCUUCAGAUACUUACAGUGUACCAGUAAAGCUGUUAGGUAAAGUGACCUCUGACCUGGAAGUAAGAACUGUCAACAAAAUGGAGCUUUUGAAAAUCGGUGCUAGGUGCUAUAGUCAGGCAGUGAAGAUUCUACCAGAGAGUGGAGCCCUGUGGCAUGAUUUAAGCAUCAGCUUGUACCACCAAAGCCAGUUAUUGUUGAGCCUGGACUCUGUCGCUGAAGGUCUCCAAUUGCUAGAAAAAAGUUGUCAGGCAGUCAAGAAGGCAUUAGUGUUAGAGCCCAACAACUGGAGGCACUGGAAUGCUCUAGGAGUUAUUGCAUGUUGCUCUGCUGAACAGAAGCCAGCCCUAGCUCAACACUGCUUUAUCAAAUCUAUUGAAUGUGAAUCAUCAAAUGUCACAGCGUGGACCAACCUUGGAGUUUUUUACCUAGCUAACAGUGAAAUCCAGCUAGCCCACAAUGCAUUCAAAGCUGCUCAGAGUAUUGACCCUACCUACAUGGCAUGUUGGGUUGGCCAGGCAUUAAUUGCUGAGAUUGUUGGCCAUGAAGAAGCUAUGGAUCUCUUCAGACACACAACAGAGCUAGGCUUCCAUCUUGAAAGUGCCAUUGGCUAUGGUCAGUGGGUGUUGGAUGUACUUGGUGAUGUAACUAAGAGAGAGACCAGUUUCUUUCACUUCUGCAUUCAGCAGAUGGCAGCCCUACCUGCAGCAUGUGAUGCAUUAACUAGAUAUACCUGUCGUAUCAAAACUGAUCCAGUUGCAUUGAACAUGUUGGGACUAUUGUAUGAGCAUCAAAAUCUUUUGCAGUCUGCUGUCAAUGCCUUUAGAGAGGCAGUUAAAUUACUUGAUAUUGAUGACCCAUUGAACCACUCAGUCAGUGUAAAACUUAACCUAGCUCGACUUCUGUGCAAACAAGGUAAAAGUGAGGAAUCUGUGUCCCUCUUCAAGUCUUGUGAUUUAUCUUCCAAUGUUGAACAAACUUGCCAGUUGGGGCUUGCUUUAUUCAAGUGUCAUCAAUUUUCUGAAAGCUACAGGGUUUAUAAAGAUGCAUUGAGUAUGUCAGAGGGCACAGCAUACAAGUCAGAGAUUUGUACUGCACUUGGAAUGUUAGCUUACAUCCAGGGGGAUACUGCUGAUGCUAAAGCUAAACUCUUUGAUGGGUUUCAAACCUCUGCGCCAUCUCCCCAUGUCCUACUUGCUGUCAGUGCCCUGGGUUUGCUGCAGCAAGAUAUGACUCUAGCUUCAGCUGGACAACAGGAACUCUUCAAUAGGGAGGACCAAACAAAGUUUACAAGGGACAUCACUCUCUUACAACUUUACACUUACUUAUUAGAGGGUCAUGUGGACAAGGCCAUUGAAUGGCUGCAAGAAUUGGAACAAGGCAAGCCAGAACUAUGGCCCCUGUGGGAAGGUUUUGUCUCAUAUUUUGCUGAACAAAAAGAUUUCUCUCAUCUCAUAUCUGUUGUGGAUCAUCUAUGCCAGGUUUAUUAUGGAGGUUCAGAGCUGACUUUGAAAGAAAAUACCAAACCCAUUCAUAGCCAAGAAACUCUCCUGGGUUUGGUGCAGCUGUUGCAUGGUCACCAUCACAGGCAAGUCAGAAGAAAAAAUGCUUUGGUAACAGCUCAAAAGGCUUUCCAUACUAAUCCAGGCUCCAGAACUUCUUUGAUGACUUUAGUCUGUGCCCUUCAUGCUGAAGGUGCCAUUGGUACAGCAUUGACAGGCAGCAAGCAGAUGUUUAGGUGGGAACAAAGUAUCCUCGGGUCACUGUUAGAUACAGGUGAUCUGUCUGAGGAACUUGAAGUCUGGUGCCUUCAACUGUUGGUAGUUUGUUGUAUUGAAGCAGCUGAUGAGGCUCUUCUAAACUUGACUUUGUCAAGACUUGAGAAGAAACAAUCACUGGCUGUAGAAUUUCUCAAGUCUAUCAAGGCCUUUCUGUCACAAGAGGCAGAUGUGAACCCUUCUGGCAAACUCCCUCUUUUGGUGAGCUGUGCCUUGAGCUAUCAAAGUCAAAACUUUGAAAAUGCGACACAAAUUUUAAAACACCAAUCUCAUGAUAACAACCUGUUAAUCCUGAGGAAUUUAUUAGAAAGAAAAAUACAAAUGGCUUACCAUGGUUUAAAGGAUCAAUUGAACAAUGCAAUAUUAAGCCAAAGUAUUGAUGAAGCUAUCGAGACGCUGAAAACCAAUGACAUAAAGUCAACAAUAGCAUUAGUGUUUGAGGGUUUGAGAGCUGAGGGAAUCAAUGACAAAAGGAGAGCCAAACAUUUGUUUGCUACAGCAUUAGACCAUUUAGAUGUUGACAAGGAAAUUGGUUAUUGUAGCUCCUUCAUCAGACAAAGGCUGCUGGCAAACUUGGCUGACUCAGCUCAAGACAAGAGCCUCAGGGCUGCUCUUCUGGAUGAUGCUAGAACCAAGGGAGACACAACAACUCUAACUAUGUUUGAUGAGCUGGUCAGCAAAUAGUUUUUGCUCUAAAUGUACCAUUUAAAAUGUUUAUUGAAUAAAAUAUUUUAAAGUUU